CCCGUCGUAGUCUGGGCGGGACAUAUGGCCACGCCUCCGCCAAUAGCAGCGCAGCUAGGCGGAUCAAGAUGGCGGCGCUGGCGGCGCUCGCUAGCUUCAGGGCGCUGCGGCUUUGCGGGCGGAGCAGCCAUUCUCUUCCUCACUGGCAUCUGAUGAAAGCCCCAUCCUGCACCACACAGAAUGGUGCCUCCAUGCCAACGAUAAGAGCGCAGUGGGUCGCAUCCUCUGCCUCUGGAGAGACCUUGACUGAUUCCAACGAGGGGCAGAUUUACCUCAGCGAGAACUGUGUGAAGAGACUUUUGGAGAUUGCAGAAGCAUCUGAGUUUCUGAGGCUGCAGGUAGAAGGAGGUGGCUGUUCUGGUUUCCAGUACAAAUUUUCUUUGGAUACAGUUUUGAAUUCUGAUGACAGGAUUUUUGAACAAGGUGGUGCCCGAGUGGUUGUGGACUUGGACAGUCUGAGCUUUGUGAAAGGGGCCAUGGUGGACUUCAACCAGGAGCUAAUUCGCAGCUCAUUUCAGGUGGUCAACAAUCCACAGGCAGAACAAGGCUGCUCUUGUGGAUCAUCCUUCUCAGUUAAGCUGUGAACAACCAUCUCCAUGCGGACCCUAGCAGCUGGUGUAAUCUGUUGUAUGUUACCAUGCAAAUAGUCUGGACUGAGUCUCGGAUAAGAACUGAUCUCUCCAGGAUUAGGUGUGAAGUGGGCUGGGCACCUAUGUUUUCCUUAAUCCCAAAUGCAUUUUCUCAGUAGGAUCCCUGAUGACUCGCUGCAUAGCACUUGAUCACCUUGGGAGAUAAUGUGUACAUACUUCUGUAAUUUAACAUAUUUUGGUUUUUUUAAAGUGAUUUUCCACUGCAUGUAAUUUUCAUGUAUGUUAAUAGGCAUUUUUUUCCUGUAUUUUCAUUUGUACCCUGAUGAAUGCAUGGCUGAGUUAUUGGGGCCCACAACUGCUCCCCAACCUCCACACAUUCACGCAGGAUCCUGUACGGAUGAUCUGGAUCCCUGGGAAAAGGAGCGUUGCUAUGUACAAAGUUUUUAAGGAUUGUCUUGCAAGGGAAUUUUGUUGUGAGGAUGUUGUGAGUGCCAAAUGGGGAGAAAGUUAUGUUGUAUAUGUUCCAUAACUUAAAAGUUUCCUUUCUCCUUUUGCCUUCUCUGAAUGGUAAACAAGAGGCAUUAAAAAAAACCCUACUUGUUUCAUCUUUUGCCCAAGAAGUUCAGUAUUGUUGUUGUUUUAAAGGAAGUGUUGCGUAAUUACAGUGCUAAAUAAUUAAUGCCUUGACUCUGUUUCUCCUUUAAAAUCAGCUGGGAAUUGAAAGCUUCAUUUUUGGAAUAGAACUGGACUGAGUAGCACUGCAUGCCUCUAGAUAAUUUUUUGUUUUUUUGGCCACAAAGGAAAUCCUGUAUCUAAUUAGUGGACUUUUGGAAGGCUCUUUGGAGGUAUUUAUCUGUGAAGGACGUGCAACUGAGUAUUGGUCAUAACCUUUUAUAAAGUGCCUACAUUAGUGA